AUGUUCCACGAAGGUACUGCCCGCCGCUCGGAGGGACCUUACGCCUCACCGCUUCAUCUGGUACCAAAGAAGACCAAUGGCUGGCGCCCCUGCGGAGAUUAUCGCACCCUCAACGCCUGCACCGUUCCCGACAGUUCAAGGCAGCCAUCAUAUCCCACCUCUCACUCAACCUGGCUCGAAGCUCUCCCCGCCGUCACUCUCGGUCUGCGCGCCACUUUCAAGCCAGACAUUCAAGCCACGCCCGCGGAACUCGUCUACGGGGAGCUGCUUCGCCUACCUGGAGAACUUCUCUCCGCUCCGACCUCUGAUGUAACCAGCUCGGAUCUUGCAGACUUCGUCGCUCGACUACGUCGGACAAUGGGCGCCCUGCGCCCCUCACCAGCGGCUCGCCACACCAAGCCGACCUCGUUCGUGUUCAAGCACCUGGCAACAUGCUCGCAUGCCUUCCACCGCGAUGACACCGUACGCACACCUUUCCAGCCGCCUUACUCCGGACCUCACAAAGUCAUCUGUCGCGACAACAAAACAUUCACCCUGCAAAUCAGUGGAAAGGAUGUACGCGUUUCCAUCGACCGCCUAAAGCCAUCAUACAUCCUUUCCCAAAAGCCUACCAACCCCCACACGCCUCCCGUACCCCCACACGCCUCCCGUAAUUCGCCGACAACAGCCCGCAACGCCUAG